UCACCAACUACAAAUGGCUUCUCUGCAACUCACAAUCAUCAUAAUAGCAGUCCUGUUAUCAUCUUUCUGGUUUCCGACCGCCACCGCCGUCGACUUUCCCGAUGAAUCCGUUCCAGAUUUCACCGCUUCUUCACCUACUCCGACCGCCACGUCAUCACCAUACGAUAUCCAUGAUUCCUUCGCUCCGACGUCAAUUUUCGAGCCGAUUUUGUCAAACCUAGGGUUUCAGGAACUCUCCAUGGCGGUUCCUUCACUUUCCGAUGACUCAGCGUUCACUACCUGGAACGGUCCGACGACGAUCUUCGCUCCGACGGACGCGUCACUUAAAAGCUGUGGUUCAUGCUCUGUUGUUCAUCUUCUCCGUGAACAUAUCGUUCCAGGUUUAUUCUCUCAUGAAUAUCUUCGGAAACUGGCGUUUGGUACGAAGAUUGAAACUAUGGAUCCAGGACGUUGUAUCACAGUGACGUCAUCAACUGAUGCUAAUAAUGAUAAUUACACGAAGAUAUAUAUCGGAGGUGUUGAAAUUACUCGUCCAGAUCUUUUUAAUAACGGUUUAAUCGUUGUUCACGGACUUCAAGGAUACGUUGCUCCGUUAUCUCCGUUUUCAUGUAAUGUUGAACGCAUGACGUCACUCUCUUUCCCUGUGCAAACAGAUAAUCAUAAUAAUAAUGAUGAAACUAAUAACCGUCAAAACGCUGUCGUUCAGCAGUCGCUACAUCAUCCGAUCUAUAUAAUGCGGCUUAUGCUUCGUGACGCGAUGUUGAGGUUACGUAAUAGCGGUUACAGUAUUCUCGCUCUUGCGAUGAAGAUGAAAUCAGUUGAGCUGAUGAGUUUACACAAUAUGACUGUUUUUGCACUUGAUGACGUGUCGAUAUUCACUGGUUCGCAUAACUACGUCAAUAAUGUCAGGUUUCAUAUCGUUCCUAACAUGCUGUUAGCGAUAUCUGAUUUAGAGAAGAUCAAAUCCGGAACGCUGUUACCGACGCUUGAAUCAGGACAGUCACUAAUGGUUACUACGACUUCAGGAGGAUUUACACCGAUGAGAAUCAAUUACGUCAGAAUUAAGGUCCCUGACGUCAUGAGGAACCUGAAGAUUGUUGUUCAUAGUAUCUACUUGCCGUUUCCUCACCUUCAUCCAUCUGCUGUUACAUAUGAGGAAGAUACUUCUGCAGGUGUUCCACAUUUUGAGCUGAAGAAUAUGGAUAAGGAUCAGGUGAAAGUGAAAGUGAAUGGCUCGGGAAAGUGUACGGCUACAGAUGAAGCUGCUGGAAGUUGUGAUGUUGUUAAACCAGUGGUUAUGAGGGCAGAGCAUCAAGGCCUGUAG